CGCUUGUCGGGCGGCGUUGUGCUGCCCCUGUCGACACAUUUUCACGGGAAGUUUUUCGUAUCGUUGCGUUGCUCGCUACCGCGGCGUUUUACUGCCUGUGAAAAUGCACCCGCAUACAGCGUUGCAUACACACUGCACUACUGCAGUCGUCAAGAAAUUCGCUUAAUUCGGUUGUGUUGCACCCAGUCGCACCGCAGACACUGCAACUGUUUUCGAGUGAUUUGAACUCCAAAAAUGAGGAAGGGAAAAUCAAAAGUAUAUUGAUGUAAUAUUUAAGUGAAAACUCCAAUUAGAAAAUAUAUUGAGAAGACCAGUGGUAGCAUGGAAGCUUCUUCAUCGUUCAAAAAAUUAAAUACGUUGUCUUCCUGUUAAAUUAUGUGUCAAACGGCUUUUCUUUCUCCGUAUAGGUUAGGUUGAGAUGCGAUACAACUAUCAAUCAAGAGCAUAAAUAGUUUAUGCGUUGCAUAAAACGUAGGAACAAAUGGAUCGCGUAAAGUCUGGAACAGGCCGUGGGGCCAAGAGCAAAAUAGCUCAGCAUCCCGCAGACUUGUUUGCUCUUGGAUCAAAAAGUUCCAGAGGUGAAGCUACAGAUUCCAAGCGACCUGGUGUGAUCCAUGGGAAGCCAGGCCCGAGUUCUACCUCAAGUUCAGAUCGUAAGAAGGAAGCUCCACCGGGAUCAUUGCAGUCACUUAUUCCUCAGAAAAAAGCAAAAUUGGCUCCACAUGUCCCACAUUCUCGGCCUCCAAUGUUAAGCUCGGAGACUUGGGAGGGUGUAGCCAUUGAUUGUGAUCCAGCGGAUUUAGCCCCGAUGGUCCUCGAAGCAAGUGAAAAUGACGAGGCUGAUAAAGUUGUUGGACUUGUUUGUGGAGCUGUGAGAACACUUAAAAAUCAGAGAUGGAAGCCAGACACUUUAAUUUAUAUGGGUUUAAUGUAUUUGGCCAAAAUACGCCCAUCUAUUUUUUCAAAUGACUGUAUUCUGCAUGCUUUGUCGUCGCUCCUCAAACGAGAUCAGACACAUAAUUUCAAGAGCAAGGGAAAUCCCUUGGUACCAGUGCUAGCGGCCAAUUUAUUGAUGAGAGGCUUUCACGAGAAGAGGAAUUGGCCAGAAAUAUUUGUCAAACUUUACAUCGAGGAUGCACUGGGUGAACGAGUCUGGGUAGAUAACGAAGAGUGUAAAGGAUUUGUGGAUAACAUUUUGACGGGUUUCAACACGAGGCACCCACCCAAAAGUAUAUUACAGCCGGAUGUGUCAAUAUUAACACCGAGGGAGUGUCACAGUCCAUCGACCUUAGAGGAUGACGACCCCGCCACCUCUGCUAUUCAGUUAUCCGGAGACAAAGAAAAAAUCGAGUUUCCAGUUAUGCCCAGAUAUGCACACUGCAUAGAAAACAUUGAAUUGGUUGUGUUAGAGACAGUAAAAGAACAAUUGAACAGACGUCAACCAGAGUCAAUAACCAGAAACUUUUUGAAAUUACUCUCCUUUGCUUGCGGCUUUGUAGAAAUUCGAAUCAUCGCUGUUCCAAAAUUAGAAAUGUGGCUACACAAUCCCAAGCUUAUGAGACCUGCUCAAGAAUUACUCAGUUAUGUCUGUUACAAUUGUAUAACGCACACACAAAGAGACGUUGAAGUGAUAAGUCAGUUGGUGAAAAUGAGGCUUAAAACUAAGGCGGUAAUCAACAUAUAUCUGAACGGUGUUAGAGAGCUGAUAAGCCUCCACCCAGAAAAUUUAUCAACAACUCUGAAACAUACAAUCUACAAUGAGUUAUCCAGUGCUAGAAAUCCAAAUAACAUGCCGAUGCUUGCAGUUAUGUUUCAAGCUGCUCCUGAAGCUGCUGCAAGGUUACUUGCCGAAAUAUUUCAAGAUUUGCUUAUGAAUCGCGAGGAUUAUUUAAGACCUUUAAGGGCAUUGUUAAGGGAAAUAGUCCGUGUAUGCAGACACGACAUAAAUCUGCUCACAUUGGCGCGUACGUUGAUGGCAGAAAGAAAAGAAAUAUCGCAGCAGCUGCUCAGCUUCGAGUUUAAAGACAGAGUUUUUGUAUCGAUUAUUGAUUUAUUGUGCUUGUGCAUGUUUUUGGCCAUCAGCCCUCAAGUCAAGGAAGCUGCCUUGCUGGCUCAGAGAGGUGACAAAAAAGAUGUAGCCCUCUUGCAACAGUUUCAAAACUUGGUCGCCACUUUACAGUACGAGUCUGUUUCCUGGCUUCAAAAUUUAGCACCGCAGAUGUACAGUGUUGGAAGGAACGAGCUAAUUCAUGCGUUGCAUAAAAUAUUGCUGUUAGAAUCUCCGGACCAUUAUUACAAGCUGGAUAACUGGCCACCAGAAUCAGAUCGAGUCUUUUACAUUCGUUUAGUAUCAGACGUUCCUCUACUGCAAAGCACGUUGUUAAGAUUACUGCUGAUAGGGUUUUCUAAGGAAAAUGGUGUAACACAUUCUGAAACCUUGGAAGUAGCUGAUCAACUGAUAAGGCGAGCAGCUUUGAACUCCUCUGAAAGCUAUCCUACUCUAGCAGCUGACAAGAUGGACAUAAUAGAACUGAUUUUCAAUCUUUGCGUCUAUCAACCACCAGGUUCUAUCAAUAUUCCUCCAGAUUACGAACCACCAACCUUGGCUAUAUCAAAUUUGUAUUGGAAAGGUUGGAUAAUGCUACUGAUACUGGCAGCCCAUAAUCCAUAUUCAUUCGGUGCAGUAGGAUGGAAAAGAUAUCCAAUUUUGCAAACCUUCAUGGAAAUGUGUAUAACAAACCACUUUUCAUAUCCCCCACCAACGAUGGCCUUACCUGAAGUUAGUGAACAAGAACGAGCUAAGGAACUGCAAGUAGAGGCGAUAGAGAAGCAAAAAAUACUAGAGUAUGAAACCCACUUGGCCGCCGCAUCAACGAGAAUGCAAAUUUCCGAACAAAAUAGUCUUUUAUUAUCUCAAUUAAUCACAAUGGAUCCGACCGGAAUAGCAAGAAGACCUCCGCCGGCAGUUCUGGAACAAUUGCAGUCUCUAAACGUAUCUCAUCGCCUAGGACAUUUGCUCUGUCGCUCACGACGGCCUGACUUUUUGCUGCACAUAAUCCAGAGGCAGCAACAAAGCUCAUCUCAGAGCAUGCCAUGGCUUGCUGAUCUUGUUCAGAACAGUGAGGGGGCGUUGAGCCAAUUACCAGUUCAAUGUCUCUGUGAGUUUUUAUUAUCAACGAGCGUUCAAGCAGGCGAUAAACAACCAAGGCAGCAGCAACUACUUGCUCACCUGCAGAAGUUACUCACAGAUCCGACUCAGGAUCAACAACAUGCGUACGAAGUAUUGGAAUACUUUUUGAAACGAUUAAGCAGCCAACAAAGCGCCAGUCGAGCUCAAGCAAUCACUGGUCUUGAAACUGUUCUAAGGUCUAUUCCUCUGGAGGAGGAAAGCAUGGAAGUUGAAGGCGAGAGUGAAAAAGAGAUAUGGUUACUGCGCAAGCUGCCUUCCAUCCCUUACUUCCUGUCUGUUCGCUCGUUAGUUUCUACAGCACUGCGUGGCGCUUGUCAAGUUGAAAACUGCCCGGAUUUAGUGCGAGCAUACAUAGCAUACCUAGCUGUGCAUACACUGGACGAUGAUCUCACGGAACUAAUUGAUCUGGUGAAUGAAAUUUCGCAACUAGUCGUUGAACGAAGUACGAUUAUAGCCGCCAUCUUACCGCAACCAGACAAUGAGAGCAUACAAUCUAAGCAGACACUGCACGCUUUUAUGGCAAUAUUUUGUAAUUACCUUCAAAAGGCUAGAGCGCCGAGAGGCGAGGGAUAUACUUGGUCCGAAAGUCAGGAUCAAAUACUUGUUCAGUGGAAUACCGGAGAAGAGUGUACCAUGCACAUUCUAGUCGUUCACGCCAUGAUCAUCUUACUGACUUAUGACCCGUCAGACGAUCCAGGAUUGUUUAAUGAAUUACUGGAAACCUGGUUUCCAGAGAAGAACGAACCGCCCAAAGCGUUUCUCGUUGACACUAGUGAAGAAGCCCUCUUGAUUCCUGAUUGGCUAAAGUUAAGGAUGAUUAGAAGCAAUGUCCCCCGUCUGGUUGACGCUGCUUUGAAAGACUUGGAGCCUCCUCAGCUGGUAUUGUUCAUUCAAAGCUUUGGAAUCCCGGUCUGUUCUAUGAGCAAAUUGUUGCACACCCUUGAUGCAGCGGUACAGAUUGAUCCGAGUUCGGUUGGCGAGGCUGUUUUAGACAAAACUUACAUGGCACAAUUAGUUGAAGUUCAACAUAGAAGGGGUGCAACUGGAGGCCUGGUCUUUGUGCAAGUUUUGCAGCUUGUUGAACCGCCGUUGCCUGACGAGAGUCAGUUCGUAUUUGAAAAACUACAAAUACGCUUACCGCCCAGUGCGAUGGUGCAAAAACAGUCGUUGAUACAGUGCUCGGUUAAAACUGAAGUGCCUCAUCUUAUCAAUAGACUUUUCAUCGAAAAUAUAUCCACCAAUCAAAAGGUUGAUGCUUAUCGAAGAUUGCACAAGAUUUUAACAGGGGAUCUGCAGAAUCCUGUUAAUCAAAACGGAACUGUUGUUCUUGCAAUUCAACAUAUAUGCAGCGUUUUAAGCUCCAUGCAAGUUGAACAGUUCUUGGCAUCGCUCAUUCUUAUGACACAGUUCUCGUGCACUUUGAUGCGCAUUAUUUUGUCACCACUAAAAAAACCGUCUACUCCCCAGCAUGUAUUUGACCUUGGACGUAACAUGUGCUUGAAUUUGAUCUCAUUGAUGGGGGAUAUAAAGGCACCUAUUUUGUGUAUAUUAAAGGACUUUGCCAACAUGCAAUCGAGCAAGGAUCACCAGCGCAAAGAACUCGCAGCUCUGACGAAAAAUCGCGACCCGCUAACUAUACUGGGAAAUAUGGAUCAGUUGAAUUUGGAACGCGUCGGACGCAAACUUUUGGACAAAUGCCUGAAGCAACAGAACAAUGACGUUCUAGUCGAAGCCAUGGCCAAGCUUCUUGUUUCCGAUAGUAACGAAGGUGUUAUAAAACCUCGAACCGGCCUCCUUAUUGACUGGCUGGCUGCAGUUGAGCCAGAACUACUUGGAACAUGUACAAAUCUUCAAAUGAAAUUAUUGUUCGCCAAGACUGCAGUGAAGGUUAAAACUGACAAUAGUGUCGUCAGUUCGCACGCUUGUAGGCCCUACUUGUUGACAUUGUUGACUCAUAGAGCAAGUUGGGCUACGCUUCACAAGUGUGUAGGACACUUACUCGACAAGUGUGACAAUGUGUACGAUCCAACUGCCGUUCUCGACUUUUUGUGGGCGUUGACUUGUAACCCAAAGCUCUGGCAAGGCAGGGAUAAAUUCACUCCAAAACACUACAUCCCUGAAGAUAUUCUACUUCUGUCUGAAAAGCAGUUACUAAAUCUUGUUACGUAUCUGGUAAAUGAGGCUGUAGUUAUUUGCAAUCAGCAGAGUAGAAAAGCUGCACUCAAUCAGAUGGAAGGAAGACUGGAUUUAUUACUGCACUGUGUAUCUACGGAAGAGAAACUCAUCUGUAGCGUUGUCAAGCAUCUGGCUUCUCAAAUGGAAGAUUUUGAUGGAGUUCACUCUGACAUGGCGCAUCAAUUUUUACUUCACAUGUACAUGAAAGUACCUAAAGUAAUAUGUUACUUGGACGCAUCUCAGUCAAAGAAAUUUGUCAGUGAUGCAAAAAUCACAGACUGGACUGGUUCGGUACUUGAUUGUACAAGCCAUUCGUUGUUAACAGCUUUAGCUGCAACCCCACGUCAAAAAUCAUGGGUCUCAAAAUCUCAAGAAUUUGAAGUUUGCGCUAGAAAAAUGGCUGCUGUUCACCCUAUUCUGGUUUUACGGCAAUUACCGAUGCUCGCUUCCUCUCUUAUGGGAAGAUCGUAUUUAGAUUUUGGUCAAUUUCGAACCGGUCAUCACUUGAAUCUCUUUGUCCAAGUGAUGGGCUUAUUGGAACUAUUGCAGCCACAUUUGUUUAAUGAAGAACACAGAAUCGCAUUUGAGGAUACGCUCGAAAACUAUUUCCAAUGCUUCCAGCACUACGGGCCAAUAAAGGAUCUCAUAUCACUUCUCAAUCGAUUUGUCGCUCUGGUCCAGGCUUACAUUUCUCACGAUGCGCAAAAGGCUAUGAAGUAUUUGUACAGACAUUCGCACAUUUUGCAUGAGCUGCAACUCCAAAAUCCAGGAUUAGCCAGCUUGCGUACAUUAAUGUCAGGCAUCCCAGUACCAAGAGAUUGCGAAGACGAGGAUGGAGAAGAGGUGAUAGUUGCUGUCGUACCACCGCCGCCACCACCGGAACCAACAAUUCCCCAGCAUUGGGCGUCUUUACUUGCGACACUGAACAAACUGCAUGGAGAAGAAGUUUUUAUGGCGCUCCAAGAGAUUGAACACUUGUCAUCCCGCAAGCCGUCUGUCCUGGAGCUAGUCAGUGACUCCAUAUCUGAGCUCAUUUUAUCCCCACAAGGCAAUAUCCGCUCCUUAGCUCACACACUGUUAGCGAGGGCCUUGAAACACCGCCCAGCAUCGAAUCAAAACAUUCUCGCCGCAUUUCAUAGAUGCCUAGAAAGUCCCAGAGCAGACGUUUUGAUGUCUGCGCUCGAUAGAUUGCCUGACAUCGUCGUGUGUAUGCAAGAGCACGCAUUACCACUGAUGCAAAAAGUGUUUGAGCUUGGAGUAAACUCAAAUGUGAACACUAUUCCUCACAUAAAUAAAAGUAUCGCUUUGUUAAACAUACAGCAGGGCUGUUAAAGUGGUUCAAAAUAAUAAAAGACUCUCGGAAGUGAAAGGAAAGCCAAAGGUGCCAAUAUUGUGCCAGAUUUGUGUGUAAAUGGUAUGUUGUGUUCAGUGAUAAUUAGAUGUUGACCGACUCUGGAAAUUAGAGAAAUCAGUGUUACAUCAAGCGCAAAACAAGAACUUAAGUCACAGAACUGUUUUGACUGCCUUUUUUUAAGAGACGAAAGUCACAUUUUUUAUCGAAAAUGAUAUUUUUUUUCUAGUUAUGAGCAUUUAAUUCAUGAGAGCCGGUCAUCGUAGAGUGGCGCAAUUUACUCACUGAUUAGGUAACGAGUUUACAGAACUAUAAAUCAGCUGAUAGAAAAACAGUUUAUUAGUACAUAAUAUGUCUAAUUGUACAAAAACAUAGUGUAUAGACUAUUAUUGUUACGAAUCUAAUUACAAAUACAUUGUACAUACUACUAACGACGAUAAGAAUCAAAAUAUCUUAUGUGUAAAAUUGAAUUGUGAACAAGUUUUAAAUUACUUAUAAAUUAACUAUACAUUAUGUAUAUACAUAUCUAGUUCAGUAGUAUGUAUUUAUUACGUCAAAUAAUUGAAAUUGAUAUAAGUUUUUUUUACCAUG